UUCAAAACGAGAAGAAACAACUGAAACAUGUGUUUUAAAAACUACAGUAAUAUGGAAUACGUUAAUUCUAAUGACAAGAACAUUUCAAGAUGAGAGGGAAAAAGGAGUUACUUAUAUUGAUCACGGGUUUUUCGUUAUUCAUAUUCGAUUUGGGUUCCGAUAUAUUCGUAGCCGUCAAAUAUUGGAAAAAUGGAAACGUUGCGUGGUUCGCUGCGACGGUAUCAAUUAUAUGUGCCAGUUUAUUCGUCGUUACAAUCGUCGCGCGUGACAAAACGAUAGAAGCAAAGAAAAUUAGCAGGCUCGAAACUUGCGUGAGACUGUUUUCAUCGAUAUUUUUGUGUUAUAUCCAUCAGUUUAGGCAGUGGAAACGUAGGUAUUGGGAUACUGCCGGUCCAUGCGAGGAUAAGUGCGGGCGGGAGUCCUGUGUAUUGUGUGAAUCGUAUCGUAAUGAAGACAAUAAUUGGGUUAAAUCUGUGUAUAUAUUCUCUAAGAUGCAUUAUACUGAGGCGAUGGUGGAGUCCGCCCCACAAUGGUGUCUGCAAAUUUACAUUAUGUUACGACAGUGGCAAUUUCCAUGGUACACGGUGCUUUCAGCAGUAUUUUCUCUACUCUCUUUAGCUUGGAAUGUAACCACACUUGAAAGGGGCAGAACAGAAAGGGACACUAAAUACAAACGAGGUCAAAAAUGGAGCAUAGUGUUUUCGUUAUGGCAACUUUCCUGUUUCGUAUCGCGAUUCGCUGCAAAAAUGAUCUUCGCACAUGUGUUUCAUCAGCAUAUUUUUACUCUGCUUUGUAUUCAUCUAGUCAUUGUAAACGUCGGACUGACUAUUGACAAAACUUGCAGGAAAAAAGAAAACUUUCGUGAUUGUUUAGUGUUUCUGUUAAAGAAGCCUUUGUUCAUUUUCCCUCUCGUGUUUCAUCCUUCAGAAGCGACGCUUUACUGGUGUGGAUACCGUAAACAAACAGGAAUGUACUACCGAUUGUGUGUUAUUUACGUUGUGUUAUCUCUGGAGAAUAUCGCAAUGGUUACUUUGUCUCUUGUUAUAUCGAGGCCUGACGUGCCACAUGUUAACAAUCUGCGAACAUUAACAAUAAUGUUUCUUGUGAUGGGGCUGAUCAUUGGAACAAUCUCCCUUGUGGUGCAAAGAAACUUAAAACUAGCAAGAGUUUGGCCCUUAAGUGUAGUAAUAAAUACAAUGGCAGGAAAAAAAUUCAAAGGUACUAUUGAAUUUCACGUCGGAGGCCGUGAUUGCAAUUCUCUAGAGGAACCGGAGAGUUUACACGAAACCCAGUCGUCUGCUUAUCAGUGUAUAGAAACAAAAAUUGAUAAUUUCUUAGAAUGA